UUGCAAAUUUCAAAUAAAUGCUUGAUACGUCAUAAAUUAUUUGGUAAUUGUUCUAAUUCUAAAGCGGUCACAUGUCUAUACACAUGUGAAACGAUAAGCGUAUAAUUAAGAAAUAGUUUCGUUGGUAGUCAUAACAUAACGUAAGGACAAACGGGUCCUUUUUAAUUACAAAAAUGAAACAUUACUGAUACAAUGAUUCAUUUUCUUUGACAAGUGAAAUCAUUCAAAAAUAACGAAAUGAAACAGGAAGAAACAGUUGUUUAUUUAUUUUAUUAACAUUAAAUCUUUAAACAAGAUAUUUCCAACGAUAUAUAAAUUAUUCGCCUAUAGAACUGUAGAAGUUAGUUGUUUAAUCAAUUUCUUUUAAACGUAUUAUCACAUCGUAAUAUAAGAUAUAGUUGCAAUCGUGUUGAAUGAAAAAUGGCUGCAAACGUAAAAACAGAAAUGCGAAUUCCUACACGUUCUGCUCCUCGUCCACCGAUUAAUCCAAAUUCGACGGCACAAAGAAACAUUAUUUGGAAUAGCACAAACAAUGUUUUUGGAUCUUCGUUAAUGCAACAACCUAUUCAGAAGAAAAAGCCACCACCUCGGCCACCGCCGCCAAAAUUUAAUCAAAAUUACUCGCAAACACAAAAGGAAAAGUUAAAAAAGCCAGUAAGACCUACAGAACUUUUGACUAAUCUUUUCGGAAGAAAGAAAAGCGAACAUUCGAGCAUAACACAGUUAAAUAGUCAAGUACACAAUACGAUAUUACAAUCGGAAAACACAAAUGGACCAAUUUGUCUAAUAGAUUUUAGUCCACCUGGAUCUCCGACAUUUACGACUCGAUCGAGUAGCGAUGGUGUUAGCAUUGAUAGCUUUGGCAGCGAUGGAAACUCAAAUCCAUCUGCAUUUACAAGUAGUGGGAAUACAUCUCAAACAGAAAGUGCCUUUGAAGAUGAUUUUGAUUUUUUUGGAAUAUCUAAUAAAAAAGCAUCGCAAAAUGAUCCAUGGAAAAUUAAUUCAACGACAGAUCCGUUUGGACCAUUGGAAGUAACUAAUCAUAAUACAUUACAAUCUGUAAAACAUGUGGGGGAUGCAAGCUUUUUUGCUUUUAAUACAAACAAUCAUACAAAUAACCAGGCAUCUUUCAAUCAAACAUCUUUGAAAAAUACUCAAUCAAUGCCAACUAUAAUUCGCGCAAAACCACCCAAACCCCCAGCUCCAAAAGUUUUACAAACGAAAAUACAGCGAAAGAUUAAUAACAUCGAAAUUGACUCAAGAUGUUCAAACAAAAUAGUGCCUUCUGCUAAACCAAUGACAUUAGAUUUAUCUAAUUCAUGGCAAAAUGAUUCUAAAGAUAACCCUUCACCUCCGAUGCCCACAAUACCACCACCUGCACCACCUCUGGAAUAUUUAGCAGAAAUAAAUAACGAUCUUUCAGUCAGCAAUGAAGAACCUUACGGCAUUGCUCUAUAUGAUUUUCCAUUAAUACAUGCGGACGAUUUACCUUUCAAGCAAGGUGAUAUAAUAUAUUUAAUUAGAAAAAUUAAUGAAGAUUGGAUGGAGGGUAGAAUAGAAAAUCAACAAGGAAUAUUUCCUAUUAAUUUUAUUGAUAUAAAAGUACCAUUGCCCGGUGUCCCAGACAAUAUAGUUACCGCUAUCUACCCUUUUAAAGGUGAAACACCAGAAGAUUUAGUAUUUGAUGAAGGAGAAAAAAUUACAGUUUUAUCAAGGAUAUCGCAAGAUUGGUUAUAUGGUGAGUGUAAAGAUCGAAAAGGACAAUUUCCGGUAAAUUACGUAAAUAGAAUCCCAUGUAAUCUUCCUUUACACAUGGAAAAUUAAUGUUUCGCAUGUUUUCUCAUAUUAUAAAUGAUUAUAUGUCAGUGAUUUGUAUAUUGCUAAUUUUAUUCUUACUAAUAUUUUUGUAAUGGUAUUUUCAUGAAGCAAGGAAUGAAAGAUUUAGAAUUUAUUCAGUCAUGGAUACUAAAUGGAGACUAAAUUUGUAGAAUUUCUAUUUACAACAAGACUGAGUUAUAUGCAAGUGUGCAUUGCCUUGUGAAA